GUUAAAAAUUAAGCAAUCAAAUCCAGGCAUGAUUUUGGCAGUCGUAAAGAUGGUGCACUUACGUUAAUAAUGAAAAUUUUUAUAAUUAAUUAGGAUUAGCUAAUUGCAAAUGAGGUUAUUUUAAUGGUUUUUAUGUUAGAAUAUAAUAUGGAUAGUACCAAAACAAGAGCGAAAACCAUUGAAGCCCUUCGACAACAUUUUCACGACCUUAACGAAAGACGCAUUGAAGUUAACAGUCAUUACGCUUCAACCCAACCUUUAAUAGAAGCAGAAGAUAAAGCCCAAGCCGAUCAACUACUAGCACUAGCUCGUAGAAAUCAGGCUUCUAAACCCAAUAAGCCGAAGCAGUAUGCUGCUCAUAAACAUGUAAAAAAUGGUUCAAAUGAUCAACAAAACGGUGACAAAGAAAAAAUAUUUGAUAGUACUAAUGAAAUAAUACAGAGCGGUUCACAAAAAAGACCCUAUGAACUCUAUAAUGGUUCUAUUGAUGAAACGUUAAUGAAAGUAUCGCGUCGAAAUGAUAAUAACCAAACGUUUCAAAAUAUGUCAAAUAUGACUUAUGAUAUGAAUUCUAAUAUUCAACCAAAUAUGAACCCUUUUCAACAAGUAAACCUAGCAAAUUCUAAAACAAACAAAUCAAACAGUAAUAUGAAAACUACUCCUGCAAUGAAUCUCAAUAAUAUGAUGAAUAAUAUUACUUCAAAUGAUAUUUUAACAGAUAGUUUUAAAAAAAUUGAAAAAGUACCAAACUUUAACCAUGUUAAAACGGAAUGUGCAACAACUGUUUCCUAUAGCACUGUUAGUUCAUCUGGUCAAACAAAAGAAAGCAUUAAAACUCUCUCAAGUGUCGGAUAUAAAAAUGAUAUGGAUGACCUUAAUACCAUUGGUGGGUUUGCAUUGUAUGGCGAAUUAACUGGUAACAAUUCUAAAAAUAUAAAAACUGAAAUCCAAGUUGAUGCCAAUCAUUCUACCCCUAAUACAAUGAAAGUUGAUUCAUCUAACAUUGUACAAGCAAAUACUUUGAAUUCUCAAGCUAACUCCUCAAAUAUUCUGCAAGCCAAUAGAAGAAUUUUAUCUAAUCCUGAUAUUACAAAUAAUGGUAAUAGUUCCCAUUCUAAACCAAGUCCUCAAAUGCAAAAUAUCGAUAUUUCAAAUCAACAUAACCUUUCUUCAAUUAGGAAUGUUAAUCUUAACACAAUAAAUGCUGUUUUAAUGAAUCAACAAAACCAAAACAAAUUUAACAACAUACAAACUCCCCUAAACAGUACUUCUCAAAGUCCUUUAAAUGUCCAAUCUCCUAAUACAAGUUUAAUGCAACAAUCAAAUAUGGUUUUAAAUAAUUCUUCAUCUACCCAACUUGAUUUACCACCAACCUUGCAACAAUCUACCAUACGUCCGCAAAAUAUUGAUAGAAUGAAUAGACAUCAACAAGCUAUUAUGGGUAACAUGAUUGAUAUGAAUAAUCCUUAUGUUCAAAAUACGACUGGUCCCGCUCGCGAAAAACUCCAAGAACACAUAAAGAAGCGACAAGAGUUUGUUUUACGACAGCAGUAUCAGCAACAAAUUUCUCGAAAUCAUUACAUAAACCAACAAUAUUUAUCAAAUCAAAUGCAAAAUAACUUACAGCAGCAGCAAAAUUUUCAAUUUCCCAAUGAAUUUGAGUCUUAUAAUCACAAAAUGUAUGAUCAAUUUGGAAUGCCUGUCCAACAAAAUUCUUCAAUCGGUUUUUAUCCACCAGGUUAUCAAAUAGACACAGGAUCAAAUCAAAUGUUUCAAAACAAUACUCCCUUGGGGUAUUCACAGCAAAAUCGUGCUGGUGCAAUGCUCCACAACUUUAUGCUUGAUCAGCAAAUGAACCAAAUGUAUAACAAUCAGUUUAGCGGCAAUACUCGACAAGGUAAUCACGUACAGAUGUUUAAUAAUAUUACAAAGUCUCCUCCUCAAUAUCCUGGUCAAGAUAUUGAUACGGGACUUAUGCUUAUGAAUCAACCCAUUCAAACUGGUUCUAAACUUUCUCAUUUUUCUCAACCAGAUAAUACCGGAAUUGGUAUGAGCUCAACUAAUCCUAUGGUCAUUGGGAACACUACUCCAGUAAUAAAUCAAAAUCUACAAAUGCACGUAAGAAAUCCGAUUACAAACCUUAACCGAUAUUCUGCUCCUCCGCCUCUUCAACGUUCUGUAAGCAUUCCUGCAAACAGUGCAAAUUUGCCUGGAAGUCCUCAACAUUUUAAUAAUUACGCUAGCAAUCAGGUAGACUCUUCUUUAGUUAACUUAAAUAAUAAUAAUCAAAGCUACAAUCAAAAUUGGAGUAACGAGCAACGUCAGAUGAUGUUUAUGCAUAGUCGCCAACAACAACUUCAUCAACAACAAAUUAACUUUAAUGCGCAACAACAUCCUUCCACGUUAUCGCAAAAUUUUCAAAAUACCUUAAACAAUGAAUUUUUACAAGCUACAAAAACAAACUCUGUAGACUCUGAUUUAAACUAUGUUCGUACUUUUAAUAAUAAUUCCCGGAACUUUGCACAACAGAAUUCUCAUAACAUGUCACAAAAUGAACUACCAACUAAUCUUAUGAACGGAGACAAUUCAAAUGUAUCUGAUACUGAUAACAGACAUGUUCCGCAGACCGUUGUUUCUCCUGUAAAAUCCUUAUCUAGUAAUAUGAUGGAGGCACCUCUAACACAUGUCAAUAAUUCCGAUGAGGUUUCUGACUUAGAUAAUAUAUUAAAUAACCCGCCCGAGCAUUUUGAUUUGUUAGAAAUAUUGAUGUAAUAUACAAAAUGUUUACAGAUUUUUAUUUUUAAAUCUCAUGGUUCUAAAAUCCAUAUUGGAUGUUGUGGUGUGUUGUUUUCUGUUCGGUAAUUAGUCGUAAUUUUUCUUAAUGAGUUUCUUAAUGUUUUUGGAGUAUUUAUUUAGAAGCAAUUACUGCGCUGCGAAAUAUAUGCCUUCAUGUGAAGCAAACGCUAUUUAUUUUAUCGGAUUUCUUUAAAUCCUUUUAGUUAUUUGUUUAAAAUUUUAUACGCUGAAAUUUUGUUAUUUGUAAUUAUCUUAAUUGAUUAAAUGUUUUUAAAUUG